GUCCAAUUGAUGUGAUUUCAACAAUUUCAUCAUCCCUCCCAUUUUCACCUUAUUUUUCCCUUCAACCUUUUUGUUUAAACUCUCAAUAAAUAUUUCUCACUCACUUAAAACUUACACAAACUUAAUCAAAUCUCGAUCAUCUAUUUUUUUUUUUUUUUAAUUCCUCUAACCAUGUCAAGUAGUGAUAGGGGCAAAGAGCUGGCUGAGGGAUCCCCCAGCCGCGAUCAGCUACCUAGUCGAUAUGAGUCUCAAAAACGACGAGAUUGGAACACUUUCAAUCACUACUUGAAGAAUCAAAGGCCACCAGUUCCGUUACCUCAUUGCAAUAGCAACCACGUGCUAGAGUUCCUCCGAUACUUGGACCAGUUCGGGAAGACUAAGGUUCACUUACAAGGUUGUAUGUUUUAUGGUCAACCUGAGCCUCCGGCUCCCUGUGCUUGUCCUUUGAGACAAGCUUGGGGAAGCCUGGAUGCUCUCAUAGGAAGGCUUCGGGCUGCCUAUGAAGAGAACGGUGGGUCAAGUGAGACCAACCCGUUCGCGAGUGCCACCAUUAGGGUGUAUUUGAGGGAAGUCAAGGAGUGUCAAGCUAAGGCACGUGGCAUUGCUUAUAAGAAGAAACAGAAGAAUAAGCUGGCUAGCCCAAGUAAGGGAGAUGAUGAUUCAAGUUCUGCAGGAUUCCUCACAUUUUCUUGAAGAUCCACUAUUCCUC